AUGACUACUCAAGAGAAUUUGAGUAUGGUGUCUAGGGUAAAUGUUGUAGAGAGCACUGUGACGUCUAGGUUGAGAGAUUUUGUGAGGAUGAAUCCUCCUAUAUUUCUUUUCUCUAAGGUGCGAGAGUAUCCUCAAAUGUUCCAAGAUAGAGUGUACAAGGUGUUGAGUGCUAUGGCAGUUGCAUCUAGUGAUAAAGAGGAGUUAGUUUCGUAUAAAUUGAGGGAGGUUGCCCAAGUGUGGUACACUCAAUGGAAGGACAAUAGGCCGGUAGAUUCGGGUCCUAUUGAGUGGGAAGAAUUUAAAGAAGCUUUUCUUGGAAUAUAUGACCCGUACCUUGUGUACAAUCUGAGGGAUGAAAUGAUUAGAUUCGUUACAGGUGUUGCCCAUCUAGUGAGGGAGGAAUGUCGUACGAGGAUGUUACAUGAUGAUAUGACCUUAUCUAUAAUCAUGGUGUCCAAAAAGAGGGCUCAAACUCAAGAAGAAACUAGGAGUGCUAAGCUGAAAUUGGAGAAAGGCAGUGGUUCUCAAAAUGUCAAACCUACAUGUGUCAAUUUUGGAAAGAGGCAUUAUGGUAAGUGUCGAAGGGAUACCAGGAGUUGCUUUGGUUUUGGUAAGGAAGGACAGAAGGUGACAAAUUUUCCUAUCAUUUCCUCUAGAGGAAGAGAAGGUAAUCAAGUUGCUCCUAAUGUUCCAAUGGAGGAUGUUCCAAAGGCAAAGGCUUGUUUCCAUGCACUUCAGUGCGCGCACAAGGUUAGAUAUUGCCCUAAUGUGAGGAUUCAAGACAAGGGUAGUGCUCAAGCUCAAGCAAGUGGCUCUGAUGAGGAACCAAAGAUGAACCACUUCAAUGUUCUCCGCUCUAGGGGUGAGCAAGAGACUUCUCUUGAUGUGGUGACCAAUAUGUUGCUCACUAAUCCUCUGGCGGCGUUUAUGAACCUAAUGAAUAGGGUGUUUCAAAAUUACCUAGAUUUAGUUGUCUUUGCUUUCAUUGACAAUAUCUUGGUAUAUUCAAAGAAUGAGAGUUAUCAUACGGGUCAUUUGAGUGUAGUAUUGAGAACCCUGAAGGAACAUCAAUUGUUUGCCAAAUAUUGCAAGUGUGAGCUGUUGUUGAGGACGGUGGCAUUUGUGCGACAUAUCAUCUCUCGUGAAGGAGUUUAA